UCAUCUCAUCUUUUUUAUUACUCACUCUCAUGGCUUCUUCUUCUGCGGGUAGUUUAGAAACCUCAGCAAAUUCAAAUCAAGCUUUAACCUUUUCAACUCAUUUCAUGACUCCUUCUUUCUCUGAUCUUCUAUCUACUGAUUAUGACUCGGGGACACAGAAACGAGAAGGAUUUAAGAUGAGUCAAGGAUUCUCUGAUCGUAUAGCUGAUCGAACAAAUUCUGGGGUCCCCAAAUUCAAGUCUUUACCUCCUCCUUCUCUGCCUCUCUCUCCCCCUCCUCCUUCUCCUUCUUCUUACUUUGCAAUCCCUCCUGGGUUAAGCCCUACUGACCUUUUGGAUUCACCUGUCCUUCUCUCUACUUCCACUAUUCUGCCAUCUCCAACUACUGGGACUCUGCCUACCCAGGGGUUCAAUUGGAAGAGUAGCUUUCAGCAAAGUGUAAAAAAUGAAGAGGGAAAUUACUCCAAUUUCUCUUUCCAGCCCCAAAUAAGGUCUUCUAUGUCUCCGGGUUCGAUGUUUCAGACUUCUGCAACAACAUCAUCAUCUUCUAUGGUAGAAACCUUGAAAGCACAGCAACAAGCAUGGAAUAUGCAGGAAUCCAACAAGCAAAGCGAUUCAAAGGCCACAGUGAAAUCUGAGUUGGCCCCAAACCAGAGCUUCUCUCCCGAGAUUGUUUCGAUUCAAACUAAUACCCAAGUCAGUGGUGGAUUUCAAUCUGAGAAUAAUCAAUACCCUCAGAAUACUAUGUCCAUCAGAGAGCAGAGGAGGUCGGAAGAUGGGUAUAAUUGGAGAAAGUACGGACAGAAACAAGUGAAAGGGAGUGAAAACCCACGUAGUUAUUACAAGUGCACGUAUCCAAAUUGCCCAACAAAGAAGAAAGUGGAGAGAUCCUUGGAUGGACAGAUUACUGAGAUAGUCUAUAAGGGAAGCCAUAACCAUCCCAAGCCUCUGUCCACAAGAAGGAACUCAGGUUCUUCAGUUCAAGCUUAUGCAAUCCCAACAACAGAAAUAUCUGAUCAAUCAGUCCUGACACACAGUGCAACACAAGCAGAUUCCAUUGCCACUCCAGAAAAUUCUUCAAUCUCUGUAGGGGAUGAAGAUAUAGACCAGACUAAAUCAGGUGGAGAUGAAUUUGAUGAAGAUGAACCUGAGGCCAAAAGAUGGAAGAAGGAUGGUGAGCUUGAGGGUAUCUCAGCUCCUGGGAAUAGAACAGUGAGAGAACCAAGGGUUGUAGUUCAAACUACAAGUGAUAUUGAUAUUCUGGAUGAUGGAUACAGAUGGAGGAAAUAUGGGCAGAAGGUUGUAAAGGGAAAUCCAAACCCAAGGAGCUACUACAAGUGUACACAUAUGGGAUGUCCAGUGAGGAAGCAUGUCGAGAGAGCAUCCCAUGAUCUGAGGGCAGUGAUAACAACUUAUGAAGGGAAACACAACCACGAUGUGCCGGCCGCUCGGGGUAGCGGCAGCCACUCAGUCCAUAGGCCUUUACCUGAUAACAAUAACAGCAACAACAGCAACAUCAACAACAACAACAACAACAAUGCAAAAAUGGCUAUAAGGCCUUUGCCCAUUAACAAUGGCUUUAGCAACUUCAAAGUUCCAGUAUCAGAAGGGCAAACACCCUUCACACUAGAGAUGCUGCAGAGCCCUGGUAGCUUUGGAUUCUCAGGGUUAGGGAACUCUCUGAUCUCCUACAUGAGCCAACCACAACACACACAAUCUGUGUUUCCUAGAGCCAAAGAAGAACCCAGGGAUGAGAUGUUUCUUGAUACGUCAUUGCUAUGUUAAGAGGAAAGAAAAAAAAAUUAGUCAGGUUAUCCAAACAAUAAGAUGCUGAUUGUUUGAUUAUAUUAAUUUGUUACUGUAUAUUCAAUAGGAAUUUGGGUGUUGUAAAUUUAUAUAUAGAGAUACAGAGAGUCUCUGUUCA